UGGAGACGCCCUGAGGCACCGCUUGGCGCCGCUCCCGCUGAGUCAGCGGGAUGCUAGGUGUCGGAAUUGGAAGAAUAAGAUGUUCCGUAUCCACCGGAUUGCGAUCAUCGCCCAAGCAUCCACGUUCUUCGCUAGCAUAUCCGCCUCCUAUUUCACAGACACAAUGACAUCCUCGGCGGAGAACUCUCCUUCCCCGGUUCCGGAGUCCUCCAAUGAGCCCACGCCGCAAUUAAACAUUCCUCCCGAUAUCCUUCGUCUUCGCGCGGAGAUCUUCGCACUAGAGUCCCCAAUCACAGUUUCCGUGACCGAAUUUAACAAUGCUUGGAAAUACUUAGACAACAUUUACGUCCGGAACCAAUCCAGAUACGGGCAAAAGAAAACAACCACAUACUAUUGGUGUCGAUUAUGGCGUACCAAAGCCUAUGAGCCGAGCGUCUCGGAUGAACAGCGCAAACGCAGACGGACUGUUCGCGAACCAAUUGGCUGUCCAUGUCGGAUCAGGAUUGUUAGUGACGGCUACUAUAUGACUAUCACCCGAGGCAAGGACCAACACAAUCAUGAUAUAUCCGCGCUCGACUAUAAACUCACAACCGCUGCUCGGGAGCUCGCUGCACAAGCGGUCGCAAAGGGCAGUAGACCUAGCUUGGUCGCACGAGAACUGAAGAAUAGCGGGAUUGGCCGCCGUAUAACUUCUAAAGAUGCUUGGAACGCCGGUAAUGUCUGGGUUAGUCGGAAAGAAGGACGGCCUGCAUGGCAGAAGCAUUACCCUAAAGAUUCCGUUAUGGAAGCAAUCGUGGUCAAUGAACCAGGGCCUCCUGAGGUGCUACACCUCGAGAGUUACCCCAGGCCUCCUCCAAAAAGCGGGGAAAUCCUAAUUGAAGUCAAAGCAUUCGGUCUUAGUCGCUCCGAAAUCCUCGCCCGGCAAGGCCAUUUAGCCAGGGCUAGGUUCCCACAAAUAAUGGGUAGGGAGGCCGUUGGCAUUGUCACAGCGGGGGACGGUACAGUCGCGCCAGGAACCAGGGUCGUUGCUAUGAUAAGCGACUUACUUCCUGAAUAUCCGGGUAGCUAUGCACAGUACACUCGUGUCCCUGUCACCCAUGUUCGAAGGAUUCACCCACUAUGUAAACUUUCCUGGGAACACCUCGCGGUAUUUUCAGAAAUGAUCCCGACUGCAUGGAAUGCCCUCUUUCGCGCUCUACGUCUUCAUCCGGAUGACCGCCUUUUGAUCCGGGGUGGUACAACAGCCAUCGGUCUUGCAGCGACGUGUAUCGCUAAACGGCAUUGCUCUUUUAUAGCUUCCACCACCCGCCAGGAGUCCCGGAAGCAGCUUCUGGAAGGUGUGGGGGCUAACAAGAUCUUGAUUGACGAUGGAUACUUAUCACAACAGAUCAAGUCAGAGGGACUGGAGUUCACAAAGGUCCUAGAUCUGGUUGGUGCCAAAACUAUAACUGAUUCCUUGCAAUGUGUAAGACCGUACGGAAUUGUUUGUCUAGCCGGAACGAUAGGCGGCGACUCAACAAUUCCGGAUUUCAAUCCGAUGGAUGCUGUUCCGUCCACUGUAUCGUUUACAACAUAUAAGAGUUCCACGGAAGACUUCAGGAACUUUCCACUGGACGUGCUCUGUCAUGAGGUCGAAUCUGGUCACUUGAAACUGCCAAAUAUACGAAUUUACUUUUCUAACCAGAUUGUCGAAGCACAUCGAAGCAUGGAAGAGAACCGGGCGGAAGGCAAAGUCGUGGUGCUUUGGUAAGUGGAUUGGGCCUCAUCGCUUCACGCACGAUAAUGUACGAUAUCAUUCUCUGGACGUAGUAUUAGAACAACGUAUAAUCUACUGAAUUACGGAGACAUUCUGCCAUUCAAGUUCUUCCAUGCUG